AUGCAUGCUAAAGAUACAGAGGCAGCAGAACUCGGAGCUUUCCAGCUGCAAGAUGUGGCCCAUAUUUGGGAAGCCAAGGCUAUAGAGUUUGAAAAUCUAAGGCAGAAGGACAUGACUGUUCAGGAUUAUUACCUCAAGUUUGUGUCAUUGUCCAGAUAUGCUCCUCACAUGGUCCCUGAUAUGAGGGCCGUGGUUAGAAGAUUUGUACUUGGGCUUAAACCCGAGUUGCACAGAGAUGCCAAUACAACUGCUCAGAAUGACAAGAUGACUAUUUCCAAGAUACUAGCAUUCGUGCAAGGUAAUGAGACCAGGCUGAAGGAAGAAGCAGCCCUGCAGAAGCAGAAAGAUAGGGCAUUCAGUAAGAAGGCUAAGUCUACAGGAAAUUUCAGUCAGGCAGGAACUCAGGGAGGAGGAAACCGCCAGUUUUUCAAGAAUAGGUCAUCAGGACCUACUCAGUCUACAGUUAGCGUCCCAUAUCAGAGGUCCAAGUUUAGCCAGAAGAGUCAAAAUUUUGGAGCAGCUACAUAUCCUCCCUGCAGUAAGUGUGGGAGGAGACACCCAGGGCAGUUGAACAAGGUCACCAUUAAAAAUAAGUAUCCUCUUCCCAGAAUAGACGACCUAUUUGAUCAACUUCAGGGUGCUCAAUGUUAUUCCAAGAUUGACCUCAGAUCAGGAUACCAUCAGUUAAAGGUUAAGGAUGUUGACAUUCCAAAGACCGCUUUCAGAACCCGUUAUGGUCAUUUUGAAUUUCUUGUCAUGUCGUUUGGGUUGACGAAUGCACCAGCAGAUUUCAUGGAUCUUAUGAACAGAGUAUUCAAGCCUUGUCUUAAUUUAUUCGUCAUUGUAUUUAUUGAUGACAUAUUGGUGUAUUCCCGUAGUGAGACAGAUCAUGCAGAGCAUCUCAGGAUAGUGUUGCAGACACUCAAGGAUCGUGAGCUUUAUGUAAAAUUCUCAAAGUGCGAGUUUUGGCUCAAGUCAGUGGCAUUCCUAGGUCAUGUAAUUUCAGGUGAAGGUGUUAAGGUGGACCUUCAGAAAAUUGACGCUGUCAAGAACUGGCCCAGACCCACCUCAGCAUCAGACAUCAGAAGUUUCUUGGGUCUGGCAGGUUAUUAUAGGCGUUUUGUUGAGGGAUUUUUCUCUAUCUCAGCUCCGCUGACUAAGCUGACUCAGAAGAAAGUCAAAUUCCAAUGGUCAGAGGUAUGUGAGCAGAGUUUCGAAGAGUUGAAGAAGAGAUUGACUUCUGCUCCAGUUUUGACACUACCAGAGGGGAAAGCGAAUGUUGUAGCUGAUGCUCUUAGUCGGAAUUUCAUGGGAAGUUUAGCCCACGUGGACGUGGAUAAGAGAGUUAUGACAAAGGAAGUUCACCCAUGCGUCUUGGAUUUCAAAGGUAAUUGGGAUGAUCCCUUGCCUCUCAUUGAGUUUUCUUAUAAUAACAGUUAUCAUGCUAGUAUUGGGAUGGCACCAUUUGAAGCUCUGUAUGGGCGACGGUGUAUAUCACCAAUUGGUUGGUUCGAAGUUGGUGAAGCAGAGUUGUUAGGACCAGAUUUGGUUUAUCAAGCUAUAGAGAAGGUCAAAUUGAUACAGGAGCGUUUG